AUGCUAUUCUUCUUAUUACUUAUUUUAUCUGCUUUUAUUCUAAUUCGAACAGCACCUAUUGAACAAUCUGAAUCUACGACAAUUUUUAGUACUGAUAAAUUACCUUCGAAUGGUUCUUCAUUAGAUUAUCGUAUUCUACCAUAUAUUGGUAAUGGACAUGUAGCAACUGUUGUAUUUAGUGAUUUCAUCUAUAUGAAUGGUCUUUAUAAUGGUGAAAAUGGUACGAGUCAUCGAGCACGUAUUCCAAGUACACUCAAUUGGCAAUUUAAUAUUAAACCAUCAUCAUCAUUAUAUACUCUGAAUGUUUCUUCAGGUAAGAUGUUUUGUAAAAUAAUUGUUUUUAAUCUUAUCAUAUUCUUAGGUAUCUUUAUCGAAACACUUGAAAAUGAUGAAAUUCGGAUCGAGCGAUAUCUUUUGGCUUCACAAGAAUAUACAGAAUUAUUAAUUACUUAUGUUACACUUACUCGAUUAGCAUCUACAGGUUAG